AUGCGACCACACGUAGCAACAUUCGGCUUGCAAAUACACCCUCAGGCGCUCUACCGCAUGGAGUUUGACGGAGCCUCAAAGGGCAACCCGGGGCGUGCAGGGGCAGGAUCCGUCUUGUGGGAUGACCAAGGCAACGAGCUGGUGUGCAUGAGGGAGGGCGUGGGGCACGGCACGUGCAACAUGGCAGAGUAUCGCGCGUUCAUAGGGGGGUUGGAGCUGGCACUGGCUCUUGGGAUCACCCGGCUGCACGUUCAAGGGGACUCCAUGCUCGUGGUCAUGCAGGUGCAGAAGAAGUGGAAGGUGAAUGCGGAGAUGCUGAGGGAGGAGUGCAAGCAAGCACAGGAGCUGGUAUCUCGGUUCAAAGAAAUCUCCAUCCGCCAUGUGCCCAGGGAGUGCAACCAGCUGGCAGAUCUCCUCUCCAACGAAGCCGUACCUUUAAAAGAGAACCAACGGGUGAUCAUCCCCUCUAACUGCACAACCCGGUUUCUCCAUGGCACCAGCACCACCCCCUCCCCCUCGUUACCCUCCCCCAAGCCCAUCCCCAGACGCGGCCGGCCCCCCAAAAUCCGUUCCUCUAAAGCCUCCUGA